AUGGAGAGCAAGAGCUUGGGGUGCUGCGAGGCCCCAAAGAAGCUGGGCCUGUCCUUCUCCAUCGAGGCCAUCCUACAGAGGCCCUCCAAGAAGAGUGACGUGGUCGGGCCAGAAGGGGCAGGUGGAGAGGGACUUCGGCAAGCAGCAGCCACAGGCUCCAGGCGGGAGAGGCCCCCGCAGGACCAGCCCCAGGAAGAGAGAAAGAGCAAGCGGAGGGUCCGUACCACCUUCACCACGGAGCAGCUGCAAGAGCUGGAGAAGAUCUUCCACUUCACCCACUACCCAGACAUCCACGUGCGCAGCCAGCUGGCAGCCAGGAUCAACCUCCCGGAAGCCCGGGUGCAGAUCUGGUUCCAGAAUCAGCGGGCCAAGUGGCGGAAGCAGGAGAAGAUCGGCAGCCUUGGGGCGACGCAGCAGCUGCGCGAGGCUGACGUGACCCUGCCCACAAAUCCGGACAUGGCCGGCCCCAUGCCGAUGCCCACUGCUCUGCACAGGCUGGCUCCUCCCGUGGGGUGUUGCCCACCAGCUCAAGGUCAGCCGGCCUCUGCCUGGCUCCCUGCCCGGAUGACCCUCCUCCCACAGCACCCAUGGGAGACACAACCUCUCCCAGGCCCUCUCAUCCAGCAGACCUGCAUCCCCACACUGUGUAUCCUUCCGCCUCUGCACCCCAAAUGGGGCAGCAUCUGUGCUACUUCAACGUAG